ACCUUCCGUACCUGAUGGGGAUUCGGUAAUUUGUCCUCAUCACACCUUGUUCCGUUGUCCGCAGUCCCACCCAACAUCCUGAAGCGUUACGACUGGAGAUCCCUUUAAGAUCCCAGGCUCACAGUGAUCAUGGCAACCCCACUUAUCGCUGGUGCUUCAUUGGCGGGAACAUCAAUAUCUGCCAUUCUAUCCAGCCUCGAGCAUAAAGUGGCAAGCGUGAUUUUAACUGAAAAUUGGACACAGUGGACUCUGGAAGAUCCAAUAGCUUAUCCAGAUGAUGGGCUGAUAAUCAUUCCUCCAAUGAUAAUUCAACCAGGACAUAAAGAAGCUAUGGUGGCUCGCAAUAAAGGUUUUACUUUCUGUGGAACGUAUGGGACUGUAUCCUGGAAGGUUACACCCUCUUCUAGAGAAAGUCGUCGUGUGGUGGUCAUGUGGAGCUCUCCUUUCAACCAUAUCUUCAACAAAAAUCAUCUGGCGAUUGGGAUAACAAAGCCAGGUGACACAGUUCAUGAAAAGGAUAUGUUUGAGAAAAUGUACAGUGGGCAACAAGGAAACUUGAAAUGUUACCUAAAGGAGAAGUACUUUGAGAAAACCGUCACCAUAUCGCUCGAAGAUGAUGACCUGAUGAUAUCAGGAAACAUGGGUUCGGGUCAUAGGAAUGCGAUAACGAUUGUAAUACAACCAAAGACCGCUGACACAAAAUUACCACAGAAGAUAGACUGAAAACACCAUCUACACAACCUAUACAAGCGUAAUUGACGUGAUAUAUAAAGUAAAGCCUUAUUUCUUUAAAUCAAAUAUAUGGGGGCCUGCAUUUGAAAGUGUUGCUUUGUCUCACAACUCCGAAACUUAGCAUACAGUGAGAAUUUCAUUUGUGUCUUACGGUAGACUCAACAACGCUUUGUGACCCUAUUUUAAAAUGUUCUACCAAACGUUUGUCAGUUUUAGUUGUCCAAGCAAACCUUUAUCAAUUGGUUGGUUGGUUGGUUUGAUGUUUUACGCCGCACUCAGCAAUACUCCAGCUAACUAACUAUGGUCUGUAAAUGAUCGAGUUUGGACCAGACAAUCCAGUGAUUGAUAUCAUGAACAUCGAUCCACGCAAUUGGGAUACGCUGACAUGCCUCAACCAAGUCAGCGAGCCUGACAACCCGAUCCCGUUUGAUGCGGUUUGUGUUUGAGAUAAGGACACUGUCAUCUUUUCGCACCUAGUAUCAUCUCUAUUUUAAUAGUGAUUCCAAGGCUCAAUGAUUUUGUCGAAAUAAAAAUUAACUGGCCCCGAAACUUGUUGAAAAAAAUUUUAUGCUAUAGACUCUUGAAAAAUAAUUCGCCUUCACUAAAAUGACAUUCUUGGAAGUUGAUCAUGAGUAGCUGUGCUUCAAUACAAAGCCUCCCCCCUGUAAAAAUAGUUAUGAUGCUUCAGAUUGUUGAAAAAGGAUAAUAUUGCCUGUCACAUUUUUUUUACAUUCUUGCAAGCUGUUUUUCUGAGGAAAAUAAUCAGGUUCAUUGUUCUAAAUAAAAAAAUAUAAAAUAUAAGUUUUUAAUGACAAUGAGUAAAUGGUUCGGACGGGAUAGGCUCCUCCAACAUUCAACAAAAGAAAAGAAAAGUUUGACUGAAUCAUGAAGUAAUCUAAGGAAGAAUAUUUUAUUACAAUACUGUUUACUGAGACAAUUAUAUGUAACCUAAUAAACAUUAAAAAGGUGCACUAGUAAUUACAUUGACUAUGUUGAUACUUACAUUCUAAUCAGAUGACGGAGUCUUACUUUGGGCUGGUGUAUGCUGUUUAUGACACUAAAGUUUGCGGCAAUGUAUUUUUUGUGGCUGACAAUUUAUUUAUCUAUCUAGAGUCAGAUUCACAAUUAUUUUCUACAAGCAUUUUCGAGGACAAUUUAUGUGUUUCGAUAAAUCCCCCCUCUCCCGUUAUAUGAAAUGGUCAUUCCCUAACACCAACAAUUUUCAUAUUACUCAGGUAAAUAAGAACUUCUCGUUCAUUUUCACUGUAAGGAAAAACAUUACAUCUAUGUCGCACAACAAACAACAGUAAACAUUAUGUAUACAGUGAUAGAUUAAACUAUGCAUAAUACAAUAUCAUAUGAAAAUGUGAUAAAGUAUGAAAAAAAUGUGUGUAUAAUAUGAAUUUUGAGUGUAAACAAAUAUUCUCUUAUUUCGGAAAUAUUGCAUUUUCGAAGCUAAAACAACUUAAUAAACAUAAUAAACAAUGACAUUCACACAAAAUUUGUUUGAUACAUACCUUGGACAUAAAAAAAGGUUUACAAGUGUUCUGCCAUGUUGAUAUGUUCUGCUGGGGUAUAAACAUGGGGUUAAAUAAAAGCAAGAUUUAAUUUGAAUGUUAAUACAAACGGAGGCAAUAUAUUCCCUUGUAUAAAUUUAUGAUUACCUGCAUUACCUGCACAGUCACUAAAGAUUUGAUUUGAAAAGAAAUAUAAUUUCAUACCAUGUGGCUCCGCUCAAAUUAUGCUGAAGGAAUAUCUUUAUUUCAUUCAAACUGUUCGUCUUAAGGUUAGUGAUUCCGGUCAUCAUCCCCAUUAUAAAAAGAGUCACUGACUCUUUAUGGUUACUGUAAAGUGAUGUACGCAUCUUUUUAUACUAAUUCUCUCAUCUUUUCGCAUUUUGUAUUAUGUUAUUGCAUAUACUGUUCCCCACGACCAUCACUGUGUGUUGACAGCUGUUUAAGAAGACAUUUCUGGGUAGACCACUUUUGCCUGAUGCUGUUGUCUUCAUCUGCUUAUAACAAUAAAACAAA